GCGCACCUUGGCCGGUUCCGCCGCCGCGGUGUGGAGCAGACGAGCUUUCCUGGCGCUGGGGCUGCGGCGGCGCCGGCUCCCAGGGUCCGCCCCUCGCAGCAUGAUCGUGGCAGCGGCGGCGGAGCGGAACAAGGAGCCCAUCCUGCGGGUGCUGCGAGACUAUGUGAGCCCUAGCGCGGCCGAGGUGCGGCUGCUGGAGGUGGCGUCGGGCUCGGGGCAGCACGCGGUGCAUUGCGCCCGGGCGCUGCCCAACCUGCUCUGGCAGCCCUCCGACGUGGACCCCAAAUGCCUCGAGAGCAUCUCUGCGUUCAUUGCGGCGCUGAGAGUCAGGAACGUGAGGCCACCGAUUUUCCUGGACUCAUCCCAGAGCUGGGAGACAUGGGGUGGCAUGAGGCCCAACACGCUGGAUCUCAUCGUCAACAUAAACAUGAUGCACAUCUCUGAGAUGAGGUGCACUGAGGGUUUGUUCAAAGGAGCAGGGAAGCUGCUGAAACCCAAAGCUAUUCUGAUCACCUAUGGGCCCUAUGCCAUCAACGGACAGAUCAGCCCGCAGAGCAAUGUAGACUUCGACUGCUGCCUGAGGCAGAGAAACCCGGCCUGGGGCCUUCGGGACACGGCUCUGCUGCAGCAGCUGGCCGAGGCCAACGGGCUGUGUCUGGAGAGGAUGGUGGACAUGCCUGCGAACAACAAGUGUCUCAUUUUCCGCAAGCAGUGACCUGCAGAGCCCACCCCAGGGGCCAGCUGCCUGCUGAACUGCACCCCACGGCUUUUCAGUGUCCAUAGCGCUCUGUGGGUCUUUUUGUGGAGACGCCCUGCCGGAGACGCACCGCUGGGAUUGAUACUGACUGACUUUAUGUGGAUGCUGCUGCUAAUGUGUGGUGGAGGGGCUGUAUUCUAUGUAGCUCACGCUCCCUCCCCCCAAAGCCUCCAGGGAUGAGGCCACAAAACCAGGGUCUCUAUCGCAAGCUCAUCUGCGCUGCUUGCUUCUACCUAUCUGAGCUGAUCAGGUCUUGACAGAACUACAGCAGCCUAUUGUCAUGCCCCAAGGGGUGAGGGGACUGGAUGAGGAAUAAGCCACCUAAGUGGAUACACAGCUUGGGUCACCUCUCCCACUGGGAUGUAGCCUCUGCAGUCGAUCCAGUCUAACCAUCUCUCUUGGUGACUGUUCCACAGCCCCCAUGGGCCUCGGCCUCGUUUUAGUUACACGCUGCAGUUCUUUAUUUUUCUUUGCUCAAGCUGUAUGUUCCCUGAGUUCGAAAAUCGGCAGUGCCGUUUGGCUACCUACUAAGUGGCUUGGUUUCAGGAGCUGAGCACCCACGGCUCCUAUUGACUUGAGCAGGUGCAAGAGCCUCUGACCCCACACCAACUUAUUUAGGGGCCUCACCUUCAGGUACGCCGGUCCUGAUAGACUGGCCCUAGAAGCUGUCGUGCCUAGCUGUGUGUGGAAGGGGAGCAUGAAACAACCCGCAGGCUGGCUCGUUGGCCAGUGUGAAUGCCUUCCACCCUCCCCCCACGAGCCCCCGCUUUGUGAGCAAUCCCAGGCUAGGCUGCCAAGGACAUAAUGUGAACGGAGACUAAAAUAUAGGGGUGGGAUUUUUCCAAAGUGCCUAUGUGAUUUAGGGGUAUAGGUCCCAUCACUGCUUGAAGGGAAUUUGGCUCCUAAAUCACAUGGGCACUGUGGAGAAUCUCACCCUAGCUACUGUACUUU